CUAUAAUGUCUUAAAAUCUUGCUUGAAUGCUAGCUAACUAGCCAGUAUAGCUAGCAAGCUACCUAGGUAGCAAUCUAGAGCUUUGUGCAACUUUUACCUGGCCAGUUGGCUAGUCAGUUUCUUUUUCUAGUUCUGCCCUUCAUAUCUGAAUCGAGUUGAAGUGCUUUGAAUGCUGAACUGGCGGCCUUAGGUACUUUAAGGAAUAGCUAUAGCCAGCUAUGUAAAAGUGGCUAGCAAUUAUAAUUUAACGGCGGUAACGUUAGCUAGCCAGAGGUAAUUUAGUGCAAACCGAGUAAGCCAGCCAGCCAGCUAGCUAGCUAACUCCCCCCUUGAGUUACAAACACGUACUGUUGCCGUUGUGAGUGUUAGCGCUUACUUUCGAUGGGGGUGCAUGGGCCAUCCCCAUUUAGGAAAAGUGUCGAGUAUUGUUUGAGAAUACCAUACAGUAAAGCCCGGUCUGGUUAGCUAGCUAAUAGUCAAUAUAAUAGCUAGUUUUUAUUUUUUAUUUGGCAACCUACAGAAUAUUAACAUCAGAAAUUCUCUGUAACUGGAGCAACUUGGAAAGGCAGCUGCAUGGUAGAUAAAGCUAAACAAACAUGAAACCGUAUUUGAAUUUACUACGGGCAAGUUAAGCUAGCUAUACUAAGCUAGCUAUCUACGUAGCCAGCAAUCCAACGUUACCUUUCGUUUCUCCGACAUGUGCUAAAUCAGUUGGCUGGCCAUAAAGCAACUUGUAUUUGAAAGGAAAGGAAAUUUUGGAUUGAAGCUAUUGCCUUCAGCUCGGUAGCUUGCGAGUUUAGACGCAAUUUUCGCUAGCCAACAUUUAACUUGGGAAGUUGCAUAUGUGACGACAUCUGUAACAUUAGUUAGCUAGCUAGCUACUGCACAUAGUCGGAGUCAUGGCGCAGGAAAAGAUGGAACUGGACCUUGAAAUAGCGUCGUCACUGAAUCAAGGCGACGGACAAUUGAGAAGAUCCAACAGCGCCCCGAUGAUAAACGGUUUAAGUGAUAACUCACUGGUGUUCCAGCGAGAGGUCCUUCGGAGCCGCAGGAACAGCACCACCGUAGUGAACCGCUCCAGCCUGAUGGUUCCUUCCUCUCCCAUCCGGGUUCCCAGCACCAGACUCCACCAGAUCAAACAGGAGGAGGGUGUAGAUGUGAUGAACAGAGAGACAGCUCACGAGCGUGAGGUGCAGGCAGCCAUGCAGAUGAGUCAGACGUGGGAGGAGAGCCUCAGUCUGAGUGACAACGACUUUGACAAAUCGUCAUCGUCUUCCCCGAAGCGGAUCGACUUUGUGCCUGUGUCGCCAGCUCCGUCCCCUACCAGAGGCAUUGGGAAGAAGCAAUGUUUCUCUCCGUCUCUGCAAAUUCUGGUCAAUAGUAACGGCCUGACAUCCAGCCCUGUCCCCAGCCCCACACGCCGCUUUAACCGCAGGAGCCAGAGUCCCAGUAACUGCAUCAGGCCCAGUAUUCUGGGACCCAUCAAAAGGAAAGGAGAGAUGGAGACAGAGAGCCAGCCCAAGAGACUAUUUCAGGGCACCACCACCAUGCUGUCAUCUGAGGCAUCUCAGCUGCCCGACCUGAGCGCCUGUCUAUCCUCAGAUCUGCUGGAUGGAAGCCUCAGCAGUGUGGGAUCCUCGUCAGGGUCUCCUGCCAAAAUGGAAGGGGUCUCCCCCUCCCCCAGCACCUCCCCCUUCACCCCACUACAGGACCUGUCACCCAAAUGAGGGAAAGGGAUGGGGGAGGGAAGGGAGCCUCGACUGUAUAUGUGUCAGAUCUAAUUUUAGGCAGUCCUCACCCCCCCCAUCUGCUUUUUUUAUUUUUGAAAUGAAAUGAUUCUAUGAAUUGCUUUUGGGGCAAUUGGUGUUAGAAGGUGAGGAGACGGGGUUAUUUAUAGGAGAACAUUAGAAACCCCCUGAGCUGAACUCUGUAUGUGUGUGACAGAGAGUGCGCGCGUGUGCAUGUGUGUGUGUGUGUGUGUGUGUGUUGUGCUAUUCCUGCAAAUGCACUUCACUAACCUGUGGGAGAGGGCCACUGUGGAUCAGAGGGGCAGUCGCAGAGAACGUUAGCACCAGCUGCUAUAUAUAGAAUGACUACAAGGUGCUAAUGCCCAUCCCUGCCGAGUCAGCAGAGCUUCAGUUCCCCCACCCCUUCUGCACUGUCAUAUUAUUCUCCAAAAAUUUGGAGGAACAAACACAUCGGCUCCACAGUUCGCUCAGUCAAAAAUGAAAAUGUUUUCACAUGCGUCAAGUGCUUCUAUUCACAAUUGAGCAAAACCGUUUAUACAGAUCUGUUCACUCUAAUGAAAAUCUCUGGCUGGUUGUAAGGACGUCUUACGUCAUCGAGCAGAAGGUCAAGUUCUAGGCUUGCAGGCUGCUGUUUGUUAUGGUGAAUUGUGCAUGAAAGCACUUGAUGCAUAAAAUGAAUCAGGUUUAAUUUUUGAAGUGAGCUCCCAAAAGGAAGCAGUUCAG